AUGCGCGCCAACACGACGCAGAAAGCCUACGACGAGGCUUUCCUAGCCUGCUCGACUGCAGUCUACUUUGAGGGCCAGAACAACGAGAAAGAAGCGCUGCGAUCAUGGAAAACCGCCCUUGACCACAUCUACUACCACAACGCCCGUCGCAACCCCUCGACCUACCGCCCCGCGUCCGAAACAGAGAGAGCACUGAUCGAAUCGCUACGCCAGUUGGAGCUGCAGUGUAAAGAGCGCGUGGAUCUAUUAGAGGCGCUGAAAAAGAGUCGCAAGGAGUCGAAAGAGAGCCUUGCCUCGCUCUCGUCAGACAACGAUGCACCCACACCACCACCCCACGGCGUGCCCCUAUCGCAAAACGAUCCAAGCGCAUCUACAUCAUGGCUCGGAGCCGGAUCUAUACCACCCAUAGAGUACACAGAUCUCUCAAGACCGCCAGCAUUGCCAUACCGUCCGGCGAUGGCGCCACGGAAGAGCUCCGGUACUGGCUCCAUACGGGACAACAGCUUGACCCAGACUCGGAGCGCAUCGACGCUAUCCCCAGGACCAGUAGGAGAUAAAAAGACACGUACCCCAUCCCCGGAGAAGAGUGGCAGAAUGCUACGGACACUGAGACCCGGGAGAGAGAGCAAGCCAUCUUCGGCGAAGUUGCCCAAUACGUUGAGAAGUCGCCCGGAUGCUUCAAAGGCAGCUACCCAAGCGUGGAGUGUCAAAGCCACAGCAUCCUCCACUCGGCCAACAUUAGGGGCCCCGAACCCAUCGACCAGUUCUCUUACACCCUCCGCCCGCUCAUCCCUCGACAAGCCGGCUGCUGAGAGACCGAGUGCUUAUUUUCCGAAACCCGAAGCACAACCGCCGCCUGCACAAGCACCGUUCUACUUUAGAGCUGGCGAGGGGUCAGCAUCAACCGCAUAUGCGGUUCCACCACUUGGUGGUGAGACUGAUCCGGGGCCGGUCAAACCUGCUACAAACGAGCGAACAGCGCCAGCAAUACCCCGAAAGUCUGUGGGUUUGAGUCGACUGAACAACGCGCAAGGGCCCAGUACACCAUUACCAUCUUACCGAAAGGAGUAUCCCAAGCCCACACCGGACCCUCGAUCUCUUGCCGCGUCUGCUGCAGCCCAUUCGUACGGCGACACUGGGGGCGAGCGCGGUGGAGUGAUAUGGGAUCCGACGACAAGGAGACUUGUACCGAAACCCAAGAGCAACGACACACAAGCGCGAAGCAGUUCAGAGCAGGAGGACUCACCUGAGUCUGUAUCACUGGAAGAGGACGGAGAUUUGCUCAAGCAGAGGCCACCUCCAGUGCGGAAGGGCAGGGCUAGAGGCAAUUCGAUGCGUGCAGAACUACCAGAUACCCCAGGUGCGGAUAGUUCUGAGGCGGAACUGGAGCCAGAAGAGACGGAUGAAUGGAAGCGCAAAACGGAUGAGAUCAUGAAGAAUUUGCCACGGGGCGUCGAUAAGCAAGCAGCACAGCAGAUAUUAAACGAGAUCGUGAUACAGGGAGAUGAGGUACACUGGAGCGACGUAUCAGGACUUGAAGUUGCGAAAUCCGCCCUGAAAGAGACGGUAGUGUACCCGUUCUUGAGGCCUGACUUGUUUAUGGGUCUGCGAGAACCUGCACGCGGCAUGCUCUUGUUUGGACCCCCUGGAACUGGAAAGACGAUGUUGGCCAGGGCAGUUGCUACAGAGUCAAAGUCUACUUUCUUCGCCAUAUCAGCUAGUAGUCUGACGUCGAAGUUUCUGGGCGAGUCAGAAAAGCUUGUUCGCGCCCUUUUCCAGCUUGCAAAGAUGCUGGCGCCAUCAAUCAUCUUCGUCGACGAGAUCGACUCACUCCUCUCGUCGCGUUCGGGAUCCGGCGAGCACGAAGCAUCGCGACGCAUCAAAACUGAGUUCCUUAUUCAGUGGUCCGAUCUGCAAAAGGCAGCUGCCGGGAGCGCGGUCACGGACAAGGACAAAGAGAGGGGCGAUGCAACUAGGGUUCUCGUCCUCGCAGCAACAAACCUGCCGUGGGCGAUCGAUGAAGCAGCAAGACGAAGGUUUGUGAGAAGGCAAUAUAUCCCACUGCCCGAAGAUUGGGUCCGGAAGCAACAAGUCCAGACGCUAUUGAGCCACCAGAAACAUGAGUUGAGUGACCGCGAUCUGGAUCGUCUGGUCAAGCUCACUGAGGGUUUCUCUGGUUCUGAUAUAACGGCGCUCGCGAAAGACGCUGCAAUGGGCCCUUUGCGCUCACUGGGCGAGAAGUUACUUUCAAUGACGAUGGACCAAAUACGACCGAUACAAUAUCAGGACUUUGUAGCUAGUCUGCAGACUAUCAGACCGUCUCUGUUCUUCUUCAUUCAAUUUUCCCUAUCAUCGCUACUAGAGCAGAUAAUGGCGCCCCGCAAGAAGACAGAAGAGAAGGCCACAGCCAACGAGGCCGCAGAUCUAGUAUUGGAGUAUCUACGCAAGCAAAACCGCCCAUACUCGGCUAUCGAUGUUUCGGCGAAUCUACACAACAAGGUCACAAAAGCGUCUGCGGCAAAGAUUCUGAAAGAUCUCCACGAACAGAAAGCAAUUGAGGGGCGUGCCGCUGGCAAGCAAAUCGUAUACCACGCUUUACAGAAUGCAGCCGAAGCAUGCACCACUGAACAACUCGCCGCUCUCGACGAAACCAUUCUCGAUCUCCGCACGCAAACCACUACUCUUAUCGCAGCCGCAAAGAAUCUCCGUGGCUCCUUGUCCAGUCUCAACUCCACGCUCAGCACGGCAGAUCUUGUCGCCAAUGUUACCACUCUUGAGACAGAGAAAGAGCAGAUCGAAUCUAGACUUGAUGGACUGAAGAAGGGAAAGGCGAAGAAGGUCACGACAUCAGAGCGAGAAGCGAUCGAGAAGGAAUGGAAGAAGAGCAUUCGUGUGGCAAAGAAGAGGCAGAAGAUUGUGACGGAGAUGUGGAAAGAGAUCAAGGAGAAUUUUCCUGAUCCGCAAGAGAGAGAGGACCAGAGGGAGAUGUUCGACCUCGAUGGAUGA